AUACGUGCUGUGUGUGCUCUGGUAGUGAGUGGUUGAUGGGCAUAGCAGAACAGUGAUCAUUUACACUUUGCUGAUUCUAGUUCGUGGUCGGUCGCAGAUAGCGCUCAGAAUACACUAAAAAAUGGCUUUACGUAUGGUCUGCUUUUCGCCUGCCUUCAAUGUGAUGGGCCAAACCUUUGUGCGGGCCAUGUCCUCACAGGGUGGUUCCAAGAACAUUGGUUUCAUCGGUCUGGGCAACAUGGGCGGCCACAUGGCCACGAACUUGAUCAAGAAUGGCCAUAAAUUGCAUGUCUUCGACAUCUCCAAGCCAGCCUGUGAGAACCUGAAGACCAAGGGUGCCAAGGUAUACGACAAGACCAGCGAGUUGGCCUUGAAUUCGGAUUUUGUCAUCACCAUGUUGCCCAACAAUGACAUUGUGUCCAAAUCCUAUGAGGAAAUGACCGCCAAUGGUGUAAACAAGAACACUAUCUUCAUUGACUCCUCCACCAUCGAUCCCACUUUGGUGAAGCAAUUGCAAAAGAUGAUCAGUGGCAAGGGUGCCCGCUUCAUUGAUGCUCCCGUGUCCGGUGGUGUGCCUGGUGCCGAACAGGGCACCUUGACCUUUAUGGUGGGCGGCACCAAUGAUGAAUACAAUGCUGUAAAGGCAGUUUUGGAAUGCAUGGGCAAACGUAUCACCCAUUGCGGCGACUAUGGCAUGGGUCAGGCCGCCAAAUUGUGCAACAACAUGAUGUUGGGCAUCUCCAUGAUCGGUGUCUCCGAGGCCAUGAACUUGGCCAUACGCUUGGGUUUGAAUCCCCAGACCUUUGCCGAGAUCAUCAACUCCUCCACUGGCCGCUGCUGGGCCUCCGAGGUGUACAAUCCCGUACCCGGUGUCACCCCCACUGCUCCCGCCAACAAUGACUACAAGGGUGGCUUCUCCACCGAUUUGAUCACCAAGGAUUUGGGCUUGGCCUCGGGUGUGGCCACCGCCUCUAACACCCCCAUUCCCAUGGGUGCCAUGGCCCAUCAAAUGUAUCGCACUCUCAAGGCUCAUGGUUUGGGCAACAAGGAUUUCUCUGUCGUCUAUGACUUCAUGAAGAACACCAAAUACAAUUAAGUCGGUCGGCGCCAGCGAACUAGUUCUAGUUAGACAUUACGAAAACGGUGACAAACAACAAACAGUGCUUCCAAUUGAGACAAUAAAAACGACGAAGGAGAAGAAGAACGGUCAUCAGACUAAGACCCAUCCAUCCAACAGCGAUCCAAACCAGAAACAUCUGAGACCAGAAGUGCAUUUAUAGCGUGUUAAGGACCCCCUACCCCUACAAUAAAGCAAAAAAAAAAUAUAAAUAUUUAUUUUUAUGAGUGUAUUAUACAAUAAUAAUAAUAAUAAAAAGGUUUUAUCAGUAGUAAAACAUCAACAUAACAUAAAAA